UAAAUGGACUCCAUUUAUGUAGAUUUACGUCCAUUCACGGAUCAAUAGGCUUUCACAUCGACUGGCAAAAGGGUAUGGUUUACUGGAAAAGCAGAUGAUCACAGCCUGCUUCAAUAUCUAAUUCAUCAUAUCCACAAGAAAAGGGACGACUGGUGUAUAAGAAGAUGAAGCUACUCAAAUCAACCCAAAUCAAAGACUUAAAGAAGAGCAAGCUCCUAAAGUCUGAGGUGGAGAGACAUCGGAGGGAGAGAAUGAACCGCAGUCUGGAGAGUCUGAGGGCCCUGUUGCUGAGGGGACAGCAUGAACCGUGUCUUGCCAGUGGACGAGUAGAGAAGGCUGAGAUCCUGGAGCACACAGUCCUUCUCCUGCGGAAUACCGAGAACAUGGUUCCACGCGAAGGGUCGGAACGACAGCACUUUCAGGACGGCUUUGAGGCCUGUCUGAAGCAAGCCGCACAGUUCCUGAAAGUUGAGGGCGAGGGACGGGAGGUAGGGAGAGCUUUGACGGACACACUGUCCUUUCGUCGGUCGCGACCCUCCGCCCGCGACGCCACGACGCGACCCUCCGCUUGCCCUCCCCGGACACAGUCGGAGGAGCCGCCUGUCCGAGCGCGGCAGCAAGGCUGGAAGUGCAGGCAGCAGCCCUGCGCGGCCGUCAGGAGUCAUCACUUCCCACACCAAAGAGCUCCGCUGGCACAUACGGACCCAAACAGUGCCCAGCGCCACCGCAGAAAUACCCCUACAACCCUCUGCUCGUCAUCCGUCACACACAGCCAGGCGAUGUGGAGACCCUGGUCUUGAAACAAACAGGGAGAGGCCUCCUCUUAUAUAUGGGACAUUGUAUUAUGCUGAAUGUAAUAUACUUGCAUGUAAAUAGACAGAUAUGUAAAUAUGUAAAUAUAACAUACAUUUAUAUAUAAUGUUAUUUUGUUGUGUAACUGUAAUAAUAUGAAAUGCUAUAGUUUUAGUAAAUUGUUUUGAGGUUUAGUGCACCAGUCACAAGAUUGAAAUGUAAAUAAUGAACAUUGUAAAUUAUACCCUGAGUAAAUACAAUUGACAUUUCUUCCCAUGUAUGCAAAUAUGUUAAAUAUUAUCUGUGUUGUAUAUCUCUUCUUGACGCAUAAGAGACAAGAAGAUACUGUAUCUGUAUAUUUUGGAAUACAAAAUUAAAAACAUAUCAGCCAUAUGAUUACAUAUAUGAUCUGUAUUUAGUGAAAUUAUUUGAUUAUGUUAAAUAAAACAUCAUGCAUUCUUUCAUAUAAUUUAUUCAAAUUGUUUACUGCUCGCUUUGAUUAGGCCCACUCUAUUCACACACACACACACACACCAUUUCUUACUUAAUUCAGUGAACACCCACCCAACUGCAUACAUGGACACACGCACACUUAAAGGCACAAACCCCAAUGAAUGUUUUGUGUAUAAUAAAAUUAAGUAUUUUGUACUUUAGACAGUGAACAGUUUGUACAUAAAACUAUUUUGUCAGAAUGAAUGGCCAACCCUGAAAGAGUUAGACCCUCAUAAAAGGAGUGUCUUAAUAAAUUCCUGCUUGGAGGACAAAAAUGUUCUAUGUAUGAUCUAUGAUUAUGUAUUUUGUAA